UCAUGGCCGCUUAUUGGCUCGCUUGGCCUCUAUGCGCUGCUGCUUUCAUAUGAUUUACUGAAAAAUCUCUCUCUCUCUCUCCUUUUCUGAAAUCUCUCUCCCUCUUUCUCUCCCUUACUGUGUUCCCCCGUUUGAGAUGGGGAGUACAAGCAUUUGGGGCUUCCUAAACUUGGUUGAGUUCUCUGUGUAUGAUACCUACUCUCAUCUCUAAAUUUGUUUGUGGGUUCUUCACUCUCAUUGCAACUUCAAAGCAUGGCUCGGGUUAUAGGAGGCCCCUUCCAUGUAGCUUGCUCUCGUAGAGCAAUCACCUCUAAAAGGCAGCGUUUUGAUAGUAAAGAAGUUCCUGUUUCUUUCUCAUCUUUGAGAAACUCUGGGAUAUGGGGUGUUCGAAUUGUUCGAAGCAUUUGCGUUUCAGAGUGGUCGUUUCAUAGGGGAUUGGUAGUUGCGGGAAUUGGGGGAUUUAGGCAAUCGAGAAAUAGCAGGUCCAGCGACGAAGAUUCUGAUCCAGCUAUUGAUAUUGGUGGGAUAAGGUCACCUUCUGUGCGGCUCAUAGAUGCACAGCAGAAUAUGGUUGGAAUAAUGCCCAAAAGUGAAGCCAUCCGCAUGGCGGAAGAUGCUGAGCUUGAUCUGGUUAUAUUAUCCCCAGAAGCAGAUCCUCCGGUUGUCAGAAUAAUGGAUUACAGCAAGUAUAGGUACGAACAACAGAAGAAAAAAAGGGAACAGCAGAAGAAAAGUGCAGCAAGCCGCAUGGAUCUCAAGGAGCUCAAAAUGGGUUAUAACAUUGACUCUCAUGAUUACUCUGUAAGAAUCAAAGCUGCCAAAAAGUUUCUCAACGAUGGGGAUAAGGUAAAGGUCAUAGUGAAUUUGAAGGGCCGCGAAAACGAGUUCAGAAAUAUCGCUAUUGAACUUAUCAAGCGAUUCCAGAGUGACAUUGGAGAGCUAGCAACGGAGGAAAGCAAGAAUUUUAGAGAGAGGAACAUUUACAUUGUCCUGGUUCCAAACAAAACAGUGCUUCAAAAAAGUCAGGAGCAGCCAAAGAAGAAGCAAGAUUCGGAAGUCUCUGCAGGCGUCUAAACAAGAUAAUCCAUUAGUUGGAGGAGGAUAGUAAUAACUGGAUGUAACUAAUUUGUGGUUUUUCCGUUUAUUUUCUUCCAAUCCGAGGUGUAUAAUAUUAUCUGAGUUAUGAGUUCAUAUAUUAUUAGAAUUUACACACACACUCUUCCUAACCUUCCCACCAUGUCAUGCAUCCAUUUUGGCACUUUGUAAAAUUUUUGUAUGAAAUUUAUGAAAGCCAUCAAGAGUAAUCCUGUAGAUGAUAUGUGAUUGAUGAUAAUAUUUGCGUUAUGAAAUCUCAAGUUUUUUUU